AUGUCGGCCAUCGGAUCCCUUGUUUUCUGCACUGACUGUGGCUCCUUGCUGGAUGGCUCAAUUGGAGAUCCAAGCAAGAUUCUGAUCUGCGAUAUCUGCGGAGCUAAGAACAAAGACACUGUUCCUCAGACCAUCGUGUCCGAAUCCAAGCCCAGUGCUUUCCCCUCAUCUCUCCGGGCAAAGCGAUCUGCUGUUCAGACUUUGACCGCAGAGGACAGAAAGACGGAAGCCCUUGCCCAGCACACAUGCGCCCAGUGUGGUAGAAAGGAAAUGUACUUCACGACAGUACAAUUGCGCAGUGCCGAUGAAGGAAGUACAGUCUUCUACACGUGUGUUUGUGGUUACAAGUAA